CAGGAUGUGCAGCGGUUCUAAGAGGAAGGAAGAUGGCGGAUAACAAAGGCGAAGAGGAUAUGGAAACGUCUGCUAAGUCGGACUCCGUGCCUUCACUGCAAGAUACCGAGCCGCCAGAGACGAAAACCGAUAAUGCAGUAAUAGUCAUAGAAACAAAUACAAAGGGGGACGAAGAAGGCGAGCCCCGUGAGAACGCAAACGAGGCUCCUACACCCAGCAGUGAAGGUGGAGACGUUAGCAGCAGCAGUAGCAGCGGCAGUAGCGGGGCUGCUGGUGCGGGAGGAGAAACCAACGGUAGCGCUAGCCCGGCUGGGACCAGUAGCACUAAUGCAGAGCCGACUGCGGCUGAAGCUGUCGGGGAUGCUCCUGUCGGUGGACUCGCCGCUGAAAUGUCCCCCCCUCCCGCGGCUUCUGCGGCCACGCCGGUAUCCACUCCUAUUAAUUUACUGGAUACGUGCGCAGUGUGUAAACAAAGUCUUCAGAGCCGAGACUGUGAACCAAAACUUCUGCCUUGUCUGCAUUCCUUUUGCCUGAAAUGUAUCCCGCAACCAGACAGACAGAUAAGCGUACAGGUUCCUGGACCGCACGGACAAACGGACACGCACAUAGUUAACGUCAUGCGGUGUUCGGUUUGCCACCAGGACUACAAGCAAAGUGAUAUUAUUGACAACUACUUUGUCAAAGAUACUACAGAGGCCACCAGCACAUCAGAUGAAAAAGCUGCACAGGUGUGCACAAGUUGUGAGGACAAUGCAGGAACCAUAGGGUUUUGUGUGGAGUGUGGAGAGUGGCUGUGUAAGACCUGUGUGGAGGCCCACCAGAGGGUGAAAAUCACAAAGGACCACAAAAUUCGUACAAAGGAGGAUGCUGAUGCUGCAUCUGAGUCUGUCAGCACCUCAGGACAGAGGCCUGUUUUUUGCCCCAUCCACAAGCAGGAGCCACUGAAGCUUUUCUGUGAGACAUGUGACACUUUAACCUGUAGGGACUGCCAGCUGCUGGAGCACAAGGAGCACAGGUACCAGUUUCUGGAAGAGGCUUUCCAGAACCAUAAAAGCAUCAUUGAGACCACUAUGGCCAAAUUACAGGAAAAGAAGAACUUUGUCCAUUAUUCUGUCUCUCAGGUGCAAAGCAGGUUAAAAGAACUUAAUGAGACACACAGGAAGGUGGAGCAUGAGAUCAAAAUUGCAGUAUUUACUCUUAUAAAUGAAAUCAACAAAAAGGGCAAGUCUCUGCUGCAGCAGUUGGAGAGUGUGACCAAAGAACGCAGUAUGAGGCUUGUGGCUCAGCAUAAAGACACUACCCAACUGGCACAACAGAUUCAUCAUGUGCUCAACUUCUGCCACUGGGCCAUCACUACUGGCAGCAGCACAGCACUGCUUUACAGCAAGAGGCUGAUCCUGUAUCAGCUACGCCAGCUCUUCAAAGUUAGACUGGAGCCAGCACCCCAGGCCAACGGAGUUGUGCGCUUCUUCUGUGACCCCACCUUCUGGGCCAAAAAUGUGGUUAAUCUAGGUAAUUUGGUUAUUGAGAAACCACCUCCACCUGCACAGCCGCCCGGCGCCGUGAUGGUAGGCGGACCGCCUAUAUCCCCAGUCCAAGGUCUCCCCAGCAAACACCCAGGACAGAUCAACCUGGCACAACUCAGACUGCAACACAUGCAGCAGGCAGCUUAUGCACACCAGAAGCAGCAGCAGCAACAACAACAGCAGCAACACCAGCAGCAAAUACAGCAACAGAUGCGCAUCGCAUCCAGGCAGGCAGGCCCAUCCAUGGUUCAGCAGCAGCCCCCAAGACUCAUCAGUAUGCAGCAGAUACCAAGAGGGCCUGGGGGUAUGAAUGGGGGGCCGGGCCCCCCAUUGUACCCUUCCUCACACCAUAUGCGUCUACCUGGCCCAUCGCCGGGUCGAAUGCCCACCAGUCAGCCGAGACAUAAUGGACAGCAGUAUCCUACUAUGAUGCAGCCGCAGCUACAGAGACAGAUGUCUAUAGAAUCUGAGAUGAGCCACCAAAGGUUUCGUUUCUUACUACAAUCAGGGCAUUCCAAUCCAGGGCAUGCAGGACCUUUUCCGGUUGCAUCCCUGCAUAAUGCCAAUCCCACGAGUCCCACCAGUGCUAGUAUGGCCGGCGCCCACGCACACCGUAGCCCUGUAAACCCUGCCAUGGGUCCUAUUGAGCUCAUCCCAUCCGUCACCAAUCCCGAGAACCUGCCCUGCGUACCUGAGAUCCCUCCCAUUCAGUUGGAGGAUGCAGGUACCAACUACCUUGGAGACCUUAUGUAUCGCGGCAUCACAGCCAGCAAGCUUCAGCUGGGUUCAGUGGACAUGAACCCCUCACCCGGACUAUCCACACACUCUCCUGGAUCUUCAGGUGUGUCUAAUUCCCAUACGCCAGCACGGCCUUCCAGCAACUCCAGCACAGGCAGCAGGGGCAGCUGUAGUUCUGCAGGAAGGGGAGGGCCAGGAGGUGGAGCAGCGGUGGAGCAGGUGACGGUGAAGCAGGAGCCUGGUACAGAUGACAGCUAUAGCUGUCCAGCUUCUUCUCUGAAGACAGAGCGGGGCAAAGAUGCUGGAAGGAGUGCCUGCAUGAUGAGCAGUCCAGAGAACAGCCCCCAUCCUGUCGUGGGAGCUGUAUCUGCAGGCCAAGACGCUCUCAAGGCUCUAGGCGAGCGCAUCAAAACGGAACCUCAGUCUGAGACACCUUGUUCUGGACUCAGUGACUCCAGUACAGCCGCGCCAUCUUCUUCCACAACCACAAUGACCUCCACUACCUCGUCAUCCACAGAGAGCAGCAGCACCACGACAGUCGCUCCACUCACUAAUGGAAACUCAAAUAAGGGGGGAGAAACCAAAAGGAGUGAGGCUUCUACUGGAACCGGGAAUCCUGAAGGGAAAGAGGAUGACCCAAAUGAAGACUGGUGUGCUGUUUGUAUCAAUGGCGGUGAUCUGCUGUGCUGUGACCGGUGCCCCAAAGUGUUUCACAUGAAAUGCCAUGUACCCACCAUAAAAAUAUUUCCAAAGGGUGACUUUCUCUGCACGUUUUGUCGGAGUAUAACCAACCCUGAAAUAGAGUACUGUGAUGAUAGCAGGAAGGGCAAAGGAGAGCAGGGCCUGAGUGCUGAGGACCAAAGGAAAUGUGAACGCCUCCUGCUGUACAUCUUCUGUCAUGAGCUCAGCGUGGGCUUUAGGGAACCUGUUCCUAGCUCUGUACCCAACUAUUACAAGAUAAUCAAGCAGCCCAUGGACCUAAAGAAGGUGAAGAAGAAGCUGCAGCUGCGGAAUUCCCAGUACUACCAGUCUGUCCAGGAGUUUGUGUCCGAUAUGCGCCUGGUCUUCACAAACUGUGCAAAAUACAACGAGAUGUCUCGAAUAAUCCAGGUUUAUGAUGAGGAGAAACAGAUUAAUACACAGGUGGGAUCAGAGAUGGCGAUAUCCGGCAAGGCAGUGAGCCUGUACUUUGAGGAGAAGUUGCAGGAGAUCUUCCCAGGCCAAAGCUUUCCUGAAACAGCUGAACCCGAAUCUUCGCAAGAAAAAGAAAAGGAGGACGACAAUACAGACGACUCCGAGGACGACUUCAUACAGCCCCGACGCAAACGGUUGAAAACGGAUGAGAAAGUGGUCCACAUCAAGUGAGACCCUCAUCACGAAGGAAAUGAGAGAAGUGAAAAACUGCCUUCCUCAUAUCCCACACUUCUCUUUGGAGAAAGGAAACACAAAAAACAGAUGAGAGAUUCUGUAAAAGAAGCUUGGUUUAUUUCAUCCUUGGCUUUUGAAAGAAUUACUCUCAACUACACUAGACAUCUGCUUUUCUGAGAACUCUUUACGAACUGAAAGAUAGAAGAGCUGCAUUCCCUUAUUAUUUCGUGGACAUUCAGAUUCGCUUGGAAAGAUUUUGAAGUAGAACUUGUUUUGCAGUAGUUAGGAAAAGGUUGUUUCUUUUCUAUCAUCCGUUUUCAUAUGUAGAUUUGUUGUGACAAUUGCUUUAUAAAAACAAAGAAAUCCCCUGUUCUGUUUAAUGUAUUAAAUAUAUACUUUGACAAGAAGCCUACCAAGUAUUUGUAUGACUUUGUGGAAACGUUGUGUAAAUAAGAGAAUCUAGCCCACUGAAGGUGUUCCUGCCGUAUUAAUGUUUGGGUGCGUCAUCAAUAAAACCUGUUCUUGAAAUAUAA